AUUGGUAAUAUUGAAUCCUACCAAGAAAUGUGAUUUCUGUGUUUCGAUAAUGGGUUCAGAUAAAAAAAAGUCUAAAGAAGCAAAGGAUGAUUCCGUUUCUGCAGAAAAACGAAAUCCCAAAGCGUUCUCUUAUCAGUCCAUUAACAAAGUGUCAAGGGCCGUGAGAAGAACCCUAGAUGUAAGAGAAAAAAAGCAUCAUAUUCCUGUUGUUGAUCGAACUCCUGUAGAACCACCUCCUAUUUUAGUAGCAGUUGUUGGCCCUCCAAAAGUUGGAAAAACAACCCUUAUACACUCCCUAAUAAAAAACUUUGUGAGACAAAACUUGGCAACUGUAGAUGGUCCAAUUACUAUUGUAUCAGGAAAGAAGAAGAGAAUUACGUUCGUAGAAUGUAAUAAUGACAUAAAUUCUAUGAUAGAUCUAGCUAAAAUUUGUGAUUUGGCAUUACUUUUAAUCGAUGCUAGUUUUGGAUUUGAAAUGGAAGUUUUUGAAUUUCUUAAUAUAUGUCAAAUUCAUGGUUUUCCUAAAAUUAUGGGAGUAUUAACGCAUUUAGAUCACUUUAAAGAAAAUAAACAGCUAAAAAAAACAAAGAAAAGGCUAAAGAAUAGAUUUUGGACAGAAGUUUAUCAAGGUGCCAAAUUGUUUUAUUUGUCAGGUGUUGUUAAUGGUGAAUACCCUAAAACGGAAGUUCAUAACUUGGGAAGAUUUAUAUCAGUUAUGAAAUUUAGACCACUGCAAUGGCGGUCAAAUCAUCCAUAUAUUUUGGUCGAUAGAAUGGAAGAUAUUACUGAUCCGGAAAAAACUAGAAAAGAUGAGAAAAUUGAUAGAACAGUAUGCUUAUAUGGAUAUGUUAGAGGCACCCAUUUAAAAAAGAAUAGUUUUGCCCAUAUUCCAGGUUGCGGAGAUUUUUCAAUAUCUGAUUUAACCUUCCUUCACGAUCCUUGUCCUCUGCCCGAGCAAGAAAAGAAACGCAGCCUUGAUCAGAAGGAGCGUUUGAUAUAUGCUCCUAUGGCUGGAGUGGGAGGAAUCGUCUAUGAUAAAGAUGCUGUUUACAUUGAACUGGGUGGAAGUCAUUCACAUAAAAAGGAAGCUGACAGUAAGCCAAAAAACGAAUUGAUGGAGCAAUUGGCUAAAACUCAGUUUACAUUGAAGGAAAAAAUGGAGCAAACUGGACUUCAAAUGUUUCGCGAAUCGGAACCUAUAAAUUCCGCUUCUUUAAUUGAUGAAUAUUCCAGAGAGAGUAAGAAGACAACCGGAAUUAAUGGGACAAAAAUGAUAAAGAAGGGAAAGAAAGAGAACAAAAUUAGUGAUGACGAUGAAGAUGAUGAUGACAAUGAUAGUGAUGAAGAAGACGACCAAUUAAUGAGUAAUUCAGAAAACGAUGAAUCAAGUAAUGACACUGAGGACGAUGAUAAUGACCAAAUUAUGAGCGAUUCAGAAAAUGAGAAUUCUACUGAUAAUGAUGAAUCUUCAGAGGAAUUAGGUCACUUAAAAUGGAAAGAAAAUUUGAAGGAGAAAGCAGCUGCAUCAUUCUUAAAGAGAAGAAAUAUUACAGAUAAUUUAAAAGACAUUGUUUAUGGAAACCAAAAUUACGAAGUUCUCAAAGAAAAGGAAGAAGUUGGGGACUUAUUUACAGUUACAAGGAAAAUUAAUACAGCGCCAUCAGAUUUAAAUGCUACAGACAUAAAUGGCCGAGAAUCAUCAAAAUUUUUCAAUUCUGAUAUUUCUAUAAUGAAAUUCGAAGAGCUAAAAGAUAGCAUUCGUGAUUGUUUCGUAACCGGUAAGUGGGCGGACAAUGAAGAUGCCGAAAAGCUCCUGCAAGACGAUGACGAUGAUGAUGACGACUCAGAAUAUGGAGAUUUUGAAGAUUUAGAAACUGGAGAGAGAUUCUCCGGUGGUAAAAAGCGCAAACAUAGCGAAAGUGAAGAUUCAGAGGAAGAUGAAAAGGAAGGUAGUGACACUAAUGACAAAGAAGAAAAGGAAGAGGAAGAAACUGUUGCUAUAACACCAGCUGAAGCAAGAGCUAAAAAGGUUCAAGAAAAAAGGGAAGCUAAAAAAAGACGGAUGAAAGAACUUUUUGAUGCUGAGUACGACGCCGCUCAGGGAUCAGAAAAAGGCACUUUUUUUGACGAUUUAAAAAGUGAAUUAGAGCAACAGGCUCAGCUUAAUAGAACCGAAUUUGAAAACCUUCCUGAACAUGAAAGGACGGAAUAUGAGGGUUUCAGACCGGGAUUAUACGUGCGGGCUCAAAUUGACGGUUUACCUUGCGAAUUUGUCAAUAAUUUUGAUCCAUCUUAUCCAGUAAUUGUUGGAGGUUUACUAAGUAUGGAACAAAAUAUAGGUUUUGUACAAGUUAGAUUGAAAAAGCAUAGGUGGUAUAAGAAAAUAUUAAAAACUAGGGAUCCCCUCAUUAUUUCUUUAGGCUGGCGUAGAUUUCAAACUAUACCUUUAUACACUCUUCAAGAUCAUAACAUGAGAAAUAGACUGUUGAAAUAUACACCCGAACAUCUUCAUUGUCACGCCUCAUUCUGGGGACCCGUUACACCACAAGGCACAGGCUUACUAGCUGUACAAUCAAUAUCUGAGAGAAAAGCUGAUUUUAGAAUAGCAGCAACGGGCACGGUUUCUGAAUUAGAUAAAUCCAUGAGUAUAGUUAAGAAAUUGAAAUUAACUGGAACCCCCUUUAAAGUUUAUAAAAAGACUGCAUUUAUUGAGGGAAUGUUCAAUUCUAGUUUGGAGGUAGCGAAAUUUGAAGGAGCGGCUUUGAGGAGCGUGAGUGGUUUAAGAGGUCAAAUUAAAAAAGCUGUUAAUACACCAGCAGGAGCCUUUCGUGCAACAUUUGAAGAUCAAAUUAAACUUAGCGAUAUUGUCUUUGUUCGUUCUUGGUUUCCCGUCGAGCCUCCUCAUUUCUACAAUCCCGUUACUACUUUGUUAUUGUCUUCUGAAGAAAGAAAUCAAUGGAGAGGCAUGAAGACGGUCGGUGAGCUCAAACGGGAAAGAAGAAUACAAGGAACCCCUAAUGAAGACAGUUUAUAUAAACCUAUCCAUAGAAGAGAACGAGUUCAGAAACCGGUUGUUAUCCCCAAGGCUCUGCAGAAAAAUCUUCCGUUUAAGGACAAACCGAAAACGGAAAAGAAGGUUAAAGAUAGGGUUGCAACGAAGAGAGUCGCUGUUGUAAGGGAAGCUCGUGAGAGAAAGGUGUCCAAAUUAAUGACACAGCUGAAAGCAAUACACGAUGCCAAACUAGAGAAAAGAAAAGCACAAAUGAAAGAAAGAGUAACAUCUCACAAGAAACAGCUGGAGAAAAUUGAAGAACGAAAGCUAAAGAAAACGAAAGAAGUUAAAAAGAAAAUCUACAGAGCGCUGGGACAGCAAGAAAAGAAACAGAAUAAAUUUAAGGAUGAUUAAAUGUACUGAUUAAAGGUUGCUGUAAUUUGUUUCAUAAAUGGAGAGGCAUGAUAUAAGGUUAAGACUUUUUUUAAUGAUGAAGUCUCUACUCAAAGAUUUUCUAUAAUCGUUAUUCUUUAUGUAAAAUAAAUAAAUAGCAA